ACGCACCCCACCCUCGAUCCGCCAGGCAACCUCUGCCUCGCGGGGACCGCAACCAUCCUGCUCCUGCCUGCCCGCCCGCACCGCACGCAACUUUUCGCUGCGCGCCAGCGCCUAAUCAUGCGCUCGCCAGGGCCGGCAUUGCCAUUUCCAUACAAAAACAACCCCCGCCACGGCUACACACCCAUACGCGUGCUGCAGCGUGCCUGCUUCUACUCUCUUCUCCCUUCUCUGCCUCGCCCUCGCCUCGUCGCUCCGGUAAUGACACCAAGCUGGUGCUGGUCGUAGCUUGGUGUGCUGCGGACUGCGGUUGCACUUGCACCACGCCCCUGGCUCGGAAUGGACUCCGGCAACAGCGGCAGCCUGCAGUCGUCCAGCGGCGGCGACGACGAGUUCGACUCCAGAUGCGGUGCCGACUCCUCGCCGCUCUCCGCCCUGCUCCGGCAGCCGCCGCUGCCAUCCGUGCCAGGCUUCGGCGGCGGCUCCUUGAUCUACGGCCUCCAGGAGCUCCGCACGCCGCCGCUGUCCCAGUCCCACUGGUGCUCGACGACGACGGCGCCACUGCCACUCACGGUCACGGCCGGCGCAGAGGCCUCGGGCUCGGACUCGCCGCCGUCGCUGCCCGGGCAUGGUGCAGCUAUGGCGGCCUCUGCGGCGGUCGACCAGGCUGACGCAGCGCCGGCGCCGCCGCCGCGGGGGUCGAGGAAGCGGGCGCGUCGGGCGUCGCGCCGCGCGCCCACCACGGUGCUCACCACCGACACCUCCAACUUCCGCGCCAUGGUGCAGGAGUUCACCGGCAUCCCCGCCCCGCCCUUCGCCGGCGCCGCCACCGCGCGCUCCCGCUUCGACCACCACCUCUUCCCCUUGCGCACCACCGCCACCGCUGCCGGCGCCGGGACCGCCAGCCCCGCCACGCUCCCGCAGUACCUCCUCCGCCCCUUCGCGCAGAAGGUCCAGGCCCACGCGUCGUCGAACCCCUACCCGCCGAGCUUCACCUCGCCCUCCACGUCCUCACCGGCGCCCGUCGACAUCUCCAUUGCCCCUGCUUCCACCACCACCCCGGGCACGACGACAGCCCUGGCGUCGUCCAGCGACAGCUACCACCAGCUCACAGCAGCCUCGACGUCCGCUCUUCUCGGGAUGCAGCAAGAUCACGGCAGCAACAACUACCACUCGUUCCACCAGAGCUCCUCCCUCGGCGGCGACGGCAAGUACGCGGCGCAUCCGGUGUUCGACCACGGCAUAGCGCCGCCGCCGCCACCGUCCGCCACGAGGCUGCAGGACCCGGCGGACUUCUUGGGUCUCACACAUCACGACGUCAUGGUGGGCUCCCAAGGGCCGCACGCGCACUUGCACUUGCACCCGCGCAACGGCGGCGACGAGCUGUCCGGCCUGGUCGGGGGCGCGUCCGUCACCGUCACCGGGGCCGGCGGCUGCAAGGGGACGUACUCUUCGACGCGGCCUCUGCUGGAGCGCAAUCGGCGUAACCCGUCGGCCGGCGGCUCCACAGCGACGACGACGACGGCCCCGGUGGCGGCGGCAACGGCGGGCAUGAGAACACAAGCAGGCGUCGUCGACUCAUGGGUCUGCACGUCAGAUUAAAUUAGGAUACUGAUUAAUUUACUUGCUUAUAUUUCCAAGAAUCCAAUUGAGUAGUACAUGAUGCGAGCAGAUUUUGAUUUGUCCUGGUAACUACUUCCACUUGAAUAUAGUUGUUUCUGUUCUUGAAUUUGCAUGCA